AUGAUGUCCGAUCGAGUUUUUCAUGAAAUUGUUAAUGUUCUUUUUCUAAUAUCUUGUUUAUUCAUCGUAAUUCCAACUUUAACGAUAUUGAUUAUCAUUCUAUAUAAUUGGCACAAUCAUUUUCGAUCGGUUAGUAAUCUUCUCAUGUGUAAUUCUUGUAUUUGUUUGAUUUUCUUGGCAAUUACUUAUUCCAUUCAAACACCUUCAUUUAUUCGACAGAUUUAUUUCGAUGGAUCGCAAUCAAGUCGAUUAUUCUGUCAAAUUAGUGCUUGUUUGGCGACAUUUAGUACAGGAAUAGUCGCUCAUUCUUGUCUCGUUCAAGCAAUUUAUCGUUUUUUUCUUCUCAUUCUUUCAAAACAUAAAAAUCUUCUAACAUUUCGUACAAAUUCGAUUAUUAUUCUCAUCAGUUGGUUAAUAAAUCUUCUCAUUGCUGUCGGAAUGUUCAUUUCUCCAUUUGCUUAUCAAUAUGAUCCCGAAUCUCAUUUUUGUACCUUAACAACUCAUUAUUUCCCCACAUCAUUUUCAAUAAGCAUCCUUUUCGUAUUCAUUACUGCUCUCACCUUGAUAAUUCUCUAUGGAAUUAUUCUUUACCAAACAAUUGAUCAAUUUGAUUUCAAUUCACGUAGUAGAAAUCGAAGAAAUCGAAAAUUAUUCCAUUAUAUUAUCUUUACAGUUAGUCUUCACGUACUCGGUGGUAUUCCAUAUAUAAUUUGUCUUUUAAUGAAUCGGUUUGGUCGAGCUCCUGCUUCUUUAUAUUCCAUCGAAGUUUUGUCACUGACAUUUACUUCGGCAAUUCAUUCGAUAUUUCUUUUCGGCGUAAAUCGACAAGUUAGACAGAUUUUAUUUCGAAAACGAAAUCAAAUUUCAUCGCAUCCAAUGAACAUUAGAAAAGCUAUUCAACCUUUACCAGCAAUUAGUUGA